AAGCUCCUCUGACAACCCUUUGACCCCUUUCGUAUAUAUAUUCGGGAUUUCACUAAAGAUUUCAUCAUGGCGAACCAGACUGGACGUGGACAGCAGGCGCAAGAACGACUCUCGCAAGUUAGUAGCCAUUUGAGUGGAAGCUCGAGUCAGAAGGGGAAACAAGCCCUUUUAGAGAAGAAUCCUGAUGAUAUUGUAAUAACUUGCGCCCUCCGCACGCCUAUAACCCGGGGCGGCAAAGGCGGUUUUAAAAACACCGCCUCCGCGGACCUCCUCCAUGGUGCCUUCACUGCGCUCAUCCGCCGCUCCGGAAUCGACCCCUCCCUUGUCGAGGACAUCGCCGUAGGCACCGUGCUAGCCCCCGGUGGCGGGGCAACUGAAUUCCGCGCCGCUGCCCUCGCGGCCGGUUUCCCGGUAACUACGUCCUGUAAAUCGCUGAACCGGCAAUGUUCCAGCGGUCUCCAAGCAUGCGUCGAUAUUGCGAAUGCGAUUAAAGCGGGAAUGAUCGAGAUUGGGAUCGGGGCUGGUGCGGAGAGUAUGAGUUCGCAAUAUGGACCGCAAGCUGUUACCGAGUUUAGUGAGUUAUUGGAGGGGCAUAAAGAGGCGGCGAACUGCAAAGUGCCUAUGGGUGUGCUAUCCGAGAAGAUGGCGAAAGCCAAAGGUAUCCCGCGCUCCGAGCAAGACAAAUUUGCGGCGUCGUCGUUCCAGAAAGCGGUACGGGCGCAGCAACAAGGGCUAUUUGAUGAAGAGAUUGCGCCGUUGACAGUGAAGUGGACGGAUCCAAAGACGGAUGAGGAAAAGACGAUUACGGUUGCCAAGGACGAUGGUGUUAGGGAGGGUAUCACGGCUGAGAGUCUCGGUAAGAUUCGUCCCGCGUUUUCGAAAGAUGGGAGUAUCCACGCGGGAAACGCGAGCCAGAUCUCCGACGGUGCUGCCGCCGUAUUACUCAUGAAGCGUAGCACCGCGCAACGUCUCGGUCAGCCUAUCAUCGGCAAAUUCGUCCAAGCCUCCGUUGUGGGUGUCCCACCGUUGCUCAUGGGUGUUGGCCCCGCUGCUGCGAUUCCUGUGGUCUUGCAGAAAACGGGCCUGGGGAAGAAUGAUGUUGAUAUCUAUGAGAUUAACGAGGCGUUUGCGAGUCAGUGCCUUUACUGUAUUAAUGAGCUUGGGUUGGAUAUGGAAAAGGUUAAUCCGAAGGGCGGAGCUAUUGCUUUUGGGCAUCCGCUAGGGGUUACUGGUGCGAGGCAGGUUAGUACAUUGUUAACCGAGUUGAAGAGGACCGGGAAGAAGGUCGGGGUUACGAGUAUGUGUAUUGGUACUGGGAUGGGCAUGGCGGCUGUUUGGGUCGCUGAGUAGACUUAGAGUUGAGAGGAAAGAAAAGAGGUAUUUUCUUAGGUUCUUAUAUGCAUUUGUAUGAGUACUAUUUCUCGUAGGCAUAGAUGGCUGGCUAGUUGGAGUUUCAAUCAAACCCAAUUCGGCCCUGUAUGAUCUCGUUUGUGUAGAAGAAGGCCAUGUGACCUCUUGU